AUGGCAGCUCUGGCUUCGCUUCGAGAUGCGAAGAGGUGGGCGCCAGCCAACAACCAAGAAGUUGACCAGCAUCUACGAAUAGUUCAGCUAGUACAGCAUCUCAUGCGAGUCGAGGAUCAGCCUAUUACCCCUUUUAUUUACGAGUGUCUCAUGGACGCCAUGGCUCAUCCUCGAGGCUCCGUCGACGGCAUACGCCGCAUCCUGGACGACAUGGUCGAGCAGCAGGGGAUGAAGCCAACGUCGGAAUUAUGCAACGCCGCCUUGAGAGCGCUGAUGAAUCAUCCAGACUACGUCUUACGGCUGGAGAUUCUCAGUAUAAUGCAAGAGUAUUGGUUUACAAUCGACACGCCGGUGAAGCAGACAGUUGCAAUUGGACUGCUGCGGGACGACCAAUAUGAGCUGGCGUAUGCAAGGCUUACGGAGAUGAUUGAGCAAGGAGCCAAUGUUGACCCUUGGGUCUACGACAUCUUCAUCUUGGUGUUUGGGAAGCUCGGGUUCUUGGAUGAGAUGUUGCAGCUUCUCUAUAGACGCAAGAAUAUCGCUGGCAGCACAGACCCCAUGGUCAUCAAUCUGACAUAUUACGCAUUGGAUGUGUGUGGUCAGGCAUAUCACCAUGCGGGGACUCUCUUUGGCUGGCUCUCGGUGGUGCAAAAUCACCUUGUGCAGCCGUCAGAUGGCAUCCUUGAGAACGUACUAGGGACGGCGGCUAGAAACGCAGACGCGCAGCUUGCGACAGAAGCACUGGACAUGGUGUCACAACGAACAAGAGCCCAACCCUACCACUACGAGGCCGUCGUAGAGGCCUUUGCUGGCAGCGGAGACUUGGCAGCAGCAAUACGAACCCUCAGCAUCAUGGCAGAAAACGGCAUAAGGAUCGGACGUGGCUACACCAGAACGCUACACAAGGCACUCAGGGGUCGUCCGGAGCUCUUGAAUGACGCCGAAGCGGUGGUGCGGGAGGCAGCCCGUGCUCGUUCCGUGCCUCGUGCGGCCGCGGCUGCUGUGGUUGAGUCAAUUGCAGAGGCCGACGGCAGCGCCAAAGCUUUGUCUCUAUACCGAGAGCUGCCGACGCUCUGCGACGUGGAGCCGCCUAAUGCAAGGAUGCUGCAGAAUCUAAUCAUCCAUAGCGCUGAUGAAGCUACGGCCAAGUUCUUCACAAAGGAGUAUGCAGAUCAAAUUUCAGAAAAUGAUGACCCGACUCAAAGCACGGCGACCUUGAGUCUUUUGAUUACGAAGUGUGCUGAGAUUGGCGAGAUGGACUUGGCGUUCCGAUUCGUGAAGCAAGCCAUGGCCAGCGGGAUUACGAAGAGUCGAUCAUUACGAUGGAUCAGCGUCUUGGUUGAGCAGGCAACUACGAGAGAGGACAGUCGGGUCUGGCCUGUGGUGGAUUCACUCCUCAACACGGGCGACGAAGACACGGCCAAGAGCGUGCGCAGGAUUCUGCAGCAGAAGAGGAUUUCAAAGCUAGCCUCGCAGUGGAGGACGAAAACUCCAACCACGGCGCCCUGA